AUGGCCACCAAAUCGUUCGACAUGCCCCUACCUGCACUUCAACGGGGCAAGGCUUGCUUACGAUGCAGGAAACGGAAGAUGGUACGUCUCUUUAAGUCUUGCCGCUAUGUGUCAGCUCAGAUGGCUAUGCAGCGAUGUGAUGGGAUGAAGCCCACAUGCCAACAAUGCGUCCGUGCGAAGAAGCCAGAAUUGUGUCAGUAUGACGAUGGAAAGACAAAGACCAAGACGCAGAUGUUACGGGAGAACAUCGAACGCCUGGAGCAGCGAAUCAGAGAAUUGGAAGAUCCGGAUUAUGUUUCGCCUGUGGUCCCACUGCAAUAUCCUCAGUUCCACCGGCGAUCUGAGAGUGAUUCCUCGUCAUCAACCGACUCGCCAGAGAGCACUGUGUUUUCAACACCCCAUUCCCCCUUCCCGCCGUCCGUGACAAGCUCCCCCCAAGAGCCCUGGGUCCAAUUUCAUAUGUCGCCUUCACCGACACCUAGUGAUGCAUGCCAGAUGAGCCAGCAGCCAUCGGCGGAGUUUGCACAAAUCCUGGUCGACACGUUUGCACCACACCGUCAUCAGUGCCUCCUCGGUCUUCACAUAGGACGGCUACGUGAUUCAUUCACGAAGCCGCUUUCGGAGCAGCACCAUCCAGUUCUAACAAACGCAAUCUUCUUGUGGGCUUGUUAUCUCUCGCGACCGGCGCCACUGAGCGAGCACGAGUAUCAUUUUCUUAACCGAGCUCUUGAAGCACUGUCCGAUGGUCUCCAACGCAACCAGUAUAUUCUCGAUGUCAUCCAAGCAUCCUGUUUGUUGUCUAUUUACUUCCUGUCAAAUGGGCGGGCGAUAGAGGGCAGUUGUCAUGCAACUACUGCAGCAUCAUUAGCCAUGCAAUGUGGGUUGCAUGGUGUCGUGGCAGGGCAAACGACUUUUGAAUCAUCAGGGGCAUUCCCACCCUGUAGGCUUGAUCAGCCGAAGGAUGCUAUUGAGCAGGGAGAGAGGAUAUUGACGUUUUGGCAAGUUUUCAUCAUCGAUAAAUGCUGGUCUGCAAUCCUCCAGAAGCCUGUAAUCAUCCCUGAUGGUCCUGAAGGAUGUUUGUCUGCGAUUAUGCCUUGGCCACAGGACAUGAAGGAGUAUGAACUGGGGCAAAUCAACGGCUACCAUCUUUUUUCUACUGCAUUGAGUUACCUAGAGGACGGCGUCUCUAGGCUCGGCGACAGCUUCUCUGCAAUGACUCUCCGGAUCAAGGCUUCCGUUCUUUUCCAGCAUGUGCAUCACUUGACAUGUCGCUGGGAACAGCGUAGACGAUUGAACCAUACUGGUUAUUUGUCAACGACCGAAAACUACGUUGGACUCACGCUGCCCAACACAUUCUCAGACGAGUUUCAAGCCCUUGAACAAGCCAUUUCGCGCUUUUUGUCUUCCCAGAUCCCCAUCCAUCAGUUGGACUCUGCCAUGCCGGAGGAUAGGCAGGCCUGCAUCACAGCGUACACCCUAGCCAAUGUUGCGAUGAUCAAUCUCAACUAUUCCCUUGGGGAUGCAGACCCUGGGGCUUAUGAGAAGUGUCUUCGAGCUGCAAGGUGUUGCGUGUCUCUGGUCGAGUACAUUGCUGAGACGGACUAUGAAUUCCUGGACCCCAUCUUUGGACCGUGUUGGUCAUUUGUCGUGGAUGCUCUAGUUCGGGAACUCUUCGCUAUCGAAACAUCGUGGCCCCUGGUCAGCAGCGCUGAUGUGCGUCAUGAAAUUGGGACUAUGCUUUACGCCAUGAACAACCUCGGGAAGCGCUUUCCAUCGGUCGUUUACUCCCUCUCCAAAGUACAAAAGAGGUUGUCUGGAAUCUAA